GCUAGAUAGUGCUGAUGACUCAGCAGGCCUUUUUUAUCAAUCCCACUGGCUCKUUGAGCUGCAAGAACCUCAAAUCCUGACUAAACCUAAGAAUUUUACACUCAAUUUGCUAACUUUUCAGCGGAAUUUACAUAUUGUUUCUGUUUCGACCGAAAGCGCAACUUAUCGGAGACUAAAAUCUACCGCUACUCAUACCAAAACGACAAAUUGUGCUGACAGGGGAUGUUCGGUUGUUCGAUAAUUGAUAAACUGAUCUAUUGUCGGUUUGUUCGCUUUAAGUUGGCUAAUUCAAUGUCUCUCUGGUAUCAUUUAGCAAAGAAAGGUUCCGAUCCUCUUUUUGCUGGUCACUCGUGCAAGGAAAUCAAAGAUCUUGGUGAAUCUCGUGGAGAUAGAGAAUACUGGAUUGAUCCUGGGAACACUGGACAACCCUUCACUGUCUACUGUGACAUGACUACUGAUGGAGGAGGCUGGACAUUGAUAACGAGGGCACAACUGCCGACUACAGCUCCGCAAUCAGUUGUACUAGAAAACGAGUAUAAGUCCCUUGCAAGCUACACAAAUUACCGGCAACGGAUCAGAUUAGCAGCACUGAAAAACUUAAGAAAUGACAUGGGUUUCCAUCAGCUUCGAUUUCGAUGUCGUAAGAAGAGCAUCAACCGAACCAUUCACAUCAUGACAACCAACAACACCGCUGGACACAAAGUACUGGAUCACUUCCUCGUCAAAGCAACAUGGCCGACGGCGUGCAACUCGUUUGAAAGACUACAAGAUGACACGUCGAUUCUUGCACGGAAUUGCCUGAAGUGGGGUUAUAAUGGUGGAAAAGAGGUGAAUCGAUGGGGAAAAUCUUCCAAUUAUGGAAGUACACGACUAUACAGCACUUCUAUGUUAUGGGAAGAGAAGUACUACUUUUCCAUCCAGAAAUAUAAUUGUGAUGACUAUACUGGAGUUACUUAUGGAUCACUCAACGUCGGGGACAUUUGGGAAAUAUUUAUUCGUUAAAGUGAAAACCUGUAUUGGAAAAGUCCGACAUUUCGAUGCGAUGACAAAAACGAACCUUCACUUAGUGUUGGGACAUUUGGGAACUGUUUGUUCGUUAGAAAACUGCUAUUUGACCACCAAAGUUAAUAAUGUGCGCUGGAAUCUCUCUUUCGUCAUUGUGACAAGGUGGUACAUUAUUGUCGCUCAUCCGAGAACCUAUCAACGCAUCUCCUCGCAAUCCUGAUAUUUUUUUAUUCAACCGAUCAGAAAUCAUUUUUAAAUGACGGAUGUUUCUUUAAACAAAUCCGAAACGAUCGCUCACAUAAUAGUUUUUUUUAAAAACCUCAUCGCCUCUUUUCACCUACCCCAGAAGACUGUAAAAUAUGCAUUUCUAUAAAGGAAGUUCCGAGCUUCGUGUGGGCUUCUCUGAUAGGGAAACCGAG